AUGCGCUGGCUGCGGAGACGGUGCCCUCUGCUCUUCGUCCAGCUCAACGAGCUGCUCUGUGGCCCAGCGGGGCUGGAGUGGAGAGAGACGGCCAGGUGGAUAAAGUUCGAGGAGAAGGUGGAGGAUGGAGGGGAGCGUUGGAGCGCGCCCCAUGUCACGGCGCUCCUCCUGCACAGCCUCUUUGAGCUCAGGAUGUGCCUGCAGGAGGGGACAGUCCUCCUGGAUUUGGAUGCCCGCAGUUUCAAGGAAAUAAUUGACAAGGCGCUUUCCGGGCAGCCCGUGGAGCGAGCCCUGCGGCCCGAGCUGAGGCAGCGCCUGGCGGCCGUGCGGCUCCAACAGCCCCGGCACCACACGGCCACGCCGCCGCUGCGGACACUGGCCCGGCUCGGCCUCUCCCCCUGCAGAGAGAAGGCCAAAAAACUGCCUGAGCCCAGAACUGAACUCUCAGAAACACCUCUCAAGGAGCAGCUGAAAAACAAAUUCAAGAAGAAGCUCCCGCCAGGGGCGGAGGUAGCCAGUGUGCUCGUUGGUGAAGUGGACUUCCUGGAGAAGCCCUUCAUCGCCUUCAUUCGCCUCAAGGAGGUGGUGGCCCUCGGCGCACUCGCCGAAAUCGCUCUCCCCAGCAGGUUUCUCUUCAUCCUGCUGGGCCCACGAGCCAAAGCUAAAGCCUACCAUGAGAUCGGACGGGCCAUGGCCACGCUGCUGACAGAUGAGGUCUUCCAAAGGGUCGCCCAGCAGGCUGAGCAACGAGAAGACCUCAUCGCAGGGAUCGACGAGUUCCUGGAAGAGCUGACUGUGCUGCCUCCUGGGAAAUGGGACCCCAGCACCCGAAUCCCUCCACCAAAGUGCCUGCCCGCUCCACACAAAAGGAUCUCCAUGCACCUGCGGGAGUGGAAAGCUCCCUGCAACAAGGGACCCGCUGAGGACAGAUCUGGCGCAGGGCACCCGCACUUCAGUGACGAGCUGGAGAGGACAGGAAGGCUCUUCGGAGGGCUGCUCAGAGACAUUCGGAGGAAAGCACCUUGGUACUGGAGUGACUUUUCUGACGCCCUGCACAUCCAGUGCCUUUCUGCAGUCCUGUACAUCUACCUGGCAACGGUCACCAACGCCAUCACCUUUGGGGGCAUGCUGGGGGAUGCGACUGAUAACAUGCAGGGUGUGCUGGAGAGCUUCCUGGGCACUGCCUUUGCUGGAUCCAUCUUUUGCCUCUUUGCUGGCCAGCCUCUGACCAUCCUGAGCAGCACUGGCCCUAUGCUGGUCUUCGAGCGCCUCCUCUUCUCCUGUAGUGAGGAUUACAACCUGGACUACCUGGAGUUUCGACUCUGGAUUGGCCUCUGGGUGGCCUUUUUUGGCUUGGUCUUGGUCGCCACUGAAGCGAGCUACCUGGUGCAGUAUUUCACCCGCUUCACUGAAGAAGGCUUCUGUGCCCUCAUCAGCCUGAUAUUCAUUUAUGACUCCAUGAAGAAGAUGGUGAGCCUGGCAGACACCUACCCCAUCAACUGGCAGUACAGGAGUGAAGAUGUCACCUUGUACAACUGCAUCUGCAACUUGUCCAGCCCAGGCAAUGUUUCAGCAUGGAACAACACGCUGCUCCCUUCGCCCCUCGCCCUGCAGGAGUGCCCAGAGGCUGUCACCCUAGCCAGGCUCAGCAGGACCCAGUGUUUGGACCAAGGAGGCCACCUCCUGGGAGCCAGCUGCCACUACGUGCCCGAUGUCACUCUCAUGUCCUUCCUCCUAUUUGGAGGCACCUUCCUGUGUUCCACGAUGCUCAAGCGCUUCAAGACCAGUCGCUAUUUCCCCACAAUGUUUAGGAAACUGGUGAGCGACUUCUCCAUCAUCCUGGCGAUCCUCAUCUUCUGUGCUGUUGAUGCAGUCCUUGGCCUGGAGACCCCCAAGCUCCUUGUCCCCAGUGAGCUGAAGCCCACAAACCCUGCACGAGGCUGGAUCAUCUCCCCCUUUGGAGCCAACCCCUGGUGGGUUUGCCUGCUGUCUGUGGUGCCUGCCGUCCUUGUCACCAUCCUCAUCUUCAUGGACCAGCAGAUCACGGCUGUCAUCCUCAACCGCAGGGAGUAUAAGCUGCAGAAAGGGGCAGGCUUUCAUCUGGACCUCUUCUGUGUCUCCCUCCUCAUGAUUGUCACCUCUGUGACGGGCCUUCCUUGGUAUGUGUCUGCUACGGUCAUCUCGCUGGCACACAUGGAGAGUCUCAAGAAGGAGAGCACAACCUCAGCUCCAGGCGAGCAGCCCAAAUUCCUGGGCAUCAGAGAACAGAGGCUGACUGGCUUGGUGGUCUUCAUCCUGACCGGAGUGUCCGUGUUUAUGGCACCUAUUCUCAAGUAUAUCCCAAUGCCGGUGCUGUACGGGGUUUUCUUGCACAUGGGGGUGGCGGCUCUGAACAGCAUUCAGUUCACAGAACGAGUGCAGCUGCUCCUGAUGCCAGCCAAGCACCAGCCAGACCUUGUCUACCUUCGCCACGUGCCUCUGCGCCGGGUGCAUCUGUUCACCUUCAUCCAGGUGCUGUGCUUGGCCAUGCUCUGGGUCCUCAAGUCCACCAUGGCCGCUAUCAUUUUCCCGCUGAUGGCUGACCUGAUGCAUCGCCAAGGACCAGAAAUCAACAUCUCCGUGAACUAG